UGAAGUGUCUCUGGAGGAGGGCUGUGGUGAGCUCAUGGGGGAGUGGGCCUGGCGUCUGCCAGACUAGGACUGGGACAGUUGGAAUCCUUUUCCUUUACAGGAAUGGGAAGUCAUUCAUGAUAGGUUUUAGACUUAUGAGUGAUGAGGUGGGAGUUGUACCUUGAGGAACAUUUAUCUGACUCUGAUACGAAUUUGGUGACCCAUGUGGCAGUUUCACUUAGACCCUGACAAGUACUUAAAGGGUUAAAAUUAGCUAACUACCUUCUUGGGUUGUUAUUUUAGUGUCUGGAUAGAGAUUCUGCCAAUUUCUCCUCUCCUCUGUGUGACUAACCCUUACUUAUCUUUAUGAUUCUGCCUCAAUCAAGUCACUUCUGUGAAGCUUUCUUCUCUUUUUUGGGCAGUACCUGGAUCCUUCCCUCUUUGGUUGGGUCAAUCAUAAUCCCUCUUUUCCCAUACCCCAGGGCUCUCCUUUGUUCACCCCCCUGUUGACACAGAGCUGGGACCAGGUGCUGUGGAAGGCACAAGUGUUUUUUGGGUUACUGUCCCUGAGGGAAAAGGGCUUUAGGCCAGAAACACCUGGUGAAGGUAUGUCUCUGCAUUCUCUAGCCCCUUGCCCCACUCCCUUUUGUAAUUCUCAGAGCCGUGGUCUUUACACAGGGCCCAGAAAACCCUGCUUGAAACACCUUCCUCCAGGAGACUGAGGAGCCAAACAGAGACGACUGCCAGACAGCGUUCCCACGGAGCCAGGGUUGGCCCACGGUCAGGCCAGUGGGUCCCUAGAGGAAAAGACACCGCGGACUCUGCUGAGGAACAUCCUCCUAACUGCUCCAGAAUCUUCCAUUGUGAUGCCAGACUCAGUGGUGAAGCCAGUGUCAGCGCCGCAGGUGGUCCAAUCCUCCAGACGGAAAAGCAGUCGGGGCAGGUACACAUUGAACUCUCUUGUGGGCUGUUGGGCCGUUCUGGUCUGGGAGUCUCUUGGGGCUCCAAAAACUGGAAUUGGGCUUCCUGGACCAUGUGAGAUAAAACUUCAUUCUUAUAGCUUGGAGCUGCAACUUCCUGAACUUGAGCCCCCUUCAACCUUGGCCCCAGGUCUUCCAGCCCUUGGCAGGAGAAAGCAAAGGCUGAGAUUGUCAGUGUUUCAGCAGGAAGUGAACCAGGAACUGCCACUCUCUCAAGAGCCUUCUGGGAAUGCUGAUGCCUCUGCCCUCACCAGUUCUCUCAACCUGACCUUUGCCACACCUCUUCAGCCACAGUCGGUAAGGAGACCCGGUUUGGCCCGCAGACCACCCACCCGUCGGGCUGUAGAUGUGGGUGCCCUUUUGCAAGAUCUUAGAGAUAAUUCCUUGGCCUCAGGUAAUAGCCAUAGAACCCCUGCUGCUGCUCUGCCAACGGACACAGUGUUGGAAGACACUCAGCCCUUCUCACAGCCCUUGGUUGGCUGCUCCCCCAGUUUGCAUGACUCCCUGCCUCUCCCCACUCAUACUGCAGUUGAAGACUCUGAGAGGGCUGUGGGUCACAGGACACGGAGCAGAGGACCCAGGCUGCAAAACCACAAGCUAUACCCUUGGCCUACUACUUCUCAAGAGGUGACAGAAGGAGAGGGAUUCCGGGAGGCGGAGGUGGCCAAAGAGCUAGAGGGAUCUUCAGGGGAUGAGGAUACCUCUGACAGGCCAAGUAAGAGGCCCAUUGCAGAGAUCACAUGUCCAGAAUUGGCCUCCAGUACCCCUGAGUUCCUCCAGGCCAAGCAACCACAUGAGUUUCUCGAUCCAACCCCAUCACUUGGUGUCACAAUCUUGCCUUCAGAGCCUUUGGAGCCUAUGCUUGCCAGGCUUCCCCGCAGGCCCCGUACUGCUGGCCCCAGACCACGUCAAGAUCCCUACAAGGCUGGACUGAGCCACUAUGCAAAACUCUUUAGCUUCUAUGCUAAGAUGCCCAUGGAGAAGGCAGCUAUGGAGAUGGUAGAGAAGUGCCUAGACAAGUAUUUCCAGCACCUUUGUAAUGACCUGGAGGUAUUUGCUGCUCAUGCUGGCCGAAAGACUGUAAGGCCAGAGGACCUGGAGCUGCUGAUGCGACGGCAGGGUCUGGUCACCGACCAAGUCUCUCUGCAUGUGCUUGUGGAGCGACAUCUGCCUCUGGAGUACCGGCAGCUGCUCAUCCCCUGUGCAUUCAGUGGCAAUUCUGUCUUUCCUGCCCAGUAGUGGUCAAGCCUCAACACUUGCCCUUUCCCUACCAGGGAUGCCAUAGCCCCACAUAAUAUUCCAGGUCCCUUCCCCACUACCUAAAUAUCAAUGUCACCAAAAAGGGACUCGUGGAGUUCCUUAAGUAGCAGGACACUUGCUUUGCAAGUACAAAGGCCUGAGUUCAAACCCCAGUUCCACAAAAAUAA